GGGCGGCGCCGGGGCAACCUGAUGUUCCCGGCGGCCCGUGCGUCAGCGGUGGUUGGGUGGUAAGAUGGCGGCUGUGAGUCUGCGGCUCGGCGACUUGGUGUGGGGAAAACUCGGUCGGUACCCUCCUUGGCCUGGAAAGAUUGUUAAUCCACCCAAGGACUUGAAGAAGCCACGUGGAAAGAAAUGUUUCUUUGUGAAAUUUUUUGGAACAGAAGAUCAUGCCUGGAUCAAGGUGGAACAGCUGAAGCCGUAUCAUGCGCAUAAAGAGGAAAUGAUAAAGAUUAACAAGGGUAAGCGAUUCCAGCAAGCUGUGGAUGCCGUUGAAGAGUUCCUCAGGAGAACCAAAGGGAAAGACCAGACAUCAUCCCACAAUUCUGCUGAUGACAAGAAUCGGCGUAAUUCCAGUGAGGAAAGAAGUAGGCCAAACUCAGGUGAUGAGAAGCGCAAACUUAGCCUGUCUGAAGGGAAGGUGAAGAAGAACAUGGGAGAAGGAAAGAAGAGGGUGUCUUCAGGCUCUUCAGAGAGAGGCUCCAAAUCCCCUCUGAAAAGAGCCCAAGAGCAAAGUCCCCGGAAGCGGGGUCGGCCCCCAAAGGAUGAGAAGGACCUCACUGUGCCUGAGUCUAGUACCGUGAGAGGAAUGAUGGCUGGACCCAUGGCUGCCUUUAAAUGGCAGCCGACCGCGAGCGAGCCUGUUAAAGAUGCAGAUCCUCAUUUCCAUCUCCUGCUGAGCCAAACAGAGAAGCCAGCUGUCUGUUACCAGGCAAUCACAAAGAAGUUGAAAAUAUGUGAAGAGGAGACCGGUUCCACCUCCAUCCAGGCAGCAGACAGCACAGCUGUGAACGGCAGCAUCACACCCACAGACAAAAAGAUAGGAUUUUUGGGUCUCGGCCUCAUGGGAAGUGGCAUCGUCUCCAACUUGCUCAAGAUGGGUCACACAGUGACUGUCUGGAACCGGACUGCAGAGAAGUGUGAUUUAUUCAUCCAGGAGGGGGCCCGCCUAGGAAGAACCCCCGCUGAAGUCGUUUCCACCUGUGACAUCACUUUCGCCUGUGUGUCGGAUCCAAAGGCAGCCAAGGACCUGGUGCUAGGCCCCAGUGGUGUGCUGCAAGGGAUCCGCCCCGGGAAGUGCUACGUGGACAUGUCGACUGUGGACGCUGACACCGUCACCGAGCUGGCCCAGGUGAUUGUGUCCAGGGGGGGCCGCUUUCUGGAAGCCCCAGUCUCAGGGAAUCAGCAGCUAUCUAAUGAUGGGAUGUUGGUGAUCUUAGCAGCUGGAGACAGGGGCUUAUACGAGGACUGCAGCAGCUGCUUCCAGGCCAUGGGGAAGACCUCCUUCUUUCUAGGUGAAGUUGGCAACGCAGCCAAGAUGAUGCUGAUUGUGAACAUGGUCCAAGGGAGCUUCAUGGCCACCAUUGCCGAGGGCCUGACCCUGGCCCAGGUGACGGGCCAGUCCCAGCAGACACUCUUGGACAUCCUCAAUCAGGGACAGCUGGCCAGCAUCUUCCUGGACCAGAAGUGCCAAAAUAUCCUGCAAGGAAACUUUAAGCCUGAUUUCUACCUAAAGUACAUUCAGAAGGAUCUCCGCUUAGCCAUUGCACUGGGCGAUGCCGUCAACCCCCCCCGCCCCCGGGGCGCCGCAGCCAAUGAGGUGUACAAAAGAGCCAAGGCACUGGACCAGUCUGACAAUGACAUGUCUGCCGUGUACCGAGCCUACAUACACUAAGCCGUUGACACGACCCCUGCCCCUCUGAUCUUCCCUCUGACCCCUUCUUCCUCUCAUGGGGUCAGGGUCCUGGGACGUAACUCUGGACCAGUCCACCUGUCUUCGUCUCCUUUUAUACAGACUCUGAGACUUGCCGUCAGUACAGCACACAGCACCACCCUGCCCUGAGCCCCGGGGGAGGGGAUUUGGCAGGAUUGGCUUGUAGGAAAUCUCUGGAGCUGAGCACUGGCCCCAGGCUAGGCGGCUGUGUGUCUGCGCACACAUGCGCACACGUGCACUGGUCUCACCCAGGAUAGAAGCUACCCAGAAACUGCUGCCUGGUUUUUUUUCUUCCAAGCUUGUCUUAUCUCAUACCCCUUCUAGUCGUGGAACUAGAAUGAGCCGUGAGAGUCGGAAGCCUUCCCACAGCUUCCCCCAGAGUGAAGAGGCUGUCGUCACAUCCACGUCCCCACUCCCCACUGGAUCCCCUGCAGGGAGAGGCUCUGGGCCAGGAUGAGCCCCCAGCAGGCUCCAGAAUGGGGGUCCCCAGGGCCCUCCAACCUCAGGUGACUCAUUGAGGAGGUUCUUCAUGUCUAAGCUACCGAUAUGCAACCAGCGCUCCAUAAACGCCUUCGAGGGACUGGCCGAGCCUUGCCAAGAUGGGCUCUGGCUCCGGGGAGCAGUGAGCAGCUGCUGGCGGUCGAGCACAAGAUGGGCUCCCGUUGAUGUCCUCAGAACCCACCCAGUGCCACCUCGCUGCAGAGCCCCCUCGAUGGGGGCCCAGGGCCAUGCUUCGUGCCGUGAGAGCUUGUUCCUCACCAGGCUGUUGUAGCAUUUGGAUUGCAUUCCAGCCCUUGGGAAGGGGAUCCCCAGGGCCACCAGUGAGGAGUGAAGAGUGAGGGGGAGUUGGGCGCCUUCCUGUUUCCGUUAUGCCACAGACCCUUCAGCGGUUCUGAAGAGCCACUCUGACCUCGGUCCCCUCACAGCAGCCUGCACCUGCACCGGUCCCCUGCAUGCCCUGCCUCCCACCCCUGUUCCUCCCAUGGAGACAGUAUUCCUGUCUGUCAGUCUGUCUGUUUUCUAGCCCAGACCGAGCCUGACUAAUGACAGCAUUUCUUAGGCUCAGCUCUUGAUACGGAAUGAGUGUCUUCACUGGAGCCAGCAUCACGGUCUUCAGGCCCGGGGUCUGUUGGGAUGGAGGAGAGUGGACCUGGGCAUCCUUGAGACCCUGGCAUUUCUCCUUGGACAGGGGACCAGAAGAGGUUGGGAAUGUUUUAUGAGAACAAGGAGAAGUUACCUAAAGGAUGUCAGUUUCUUCCUCUGCACAGGUUGGGUUUUCCAAAGUCACGAUUUGCAGAAUGUCAGCGUUUAUAGGGAGAUAUUAUAUAUAUAAAGUAACCACAUGGUGUGGGGCUCCCCCCACAACCUCGGCCUUUCUCACUGCUUGGAACCUAGGUUAGAAGAUCUAGGAAAAGCUGGGGGGAGGCAGGGAGAUGCCUGUCGGAUUUUUGGCACAGUUAUUUUACUGGGAUUUUGAACUCUUUCUGUCUGAACACAAAGCCGGUAGUCCUGCCGGACCGUGGGGGUGGGGUGGGGUGGGGAAGAUGCUGUAAUGAACCCGGUUAGUCAAUGUUGUCUUAAUAUUGUUGACAAUUCUGUAAAGUUUCUUUUUAUGAAUAUUUCUGUUUAAGCUAUUUCACCUUUGUUUUGAAAUCCUUCCCUUUUAAGGAGAAAAUGUGACACUUGUGAAAAAGCUUGUAAGAAAGCCCCUCCCCGUUUUAUUCCUUUAAACCUUUAAGUGACAAAUCUUCUAGGUAAUUAAGGUUGUGAAUUUUUAUUUUUGCUUUGUUUUUAAUGAACAUUUGUCUUUCAGAAUAGGACUGUGUGAUAAUGUUUCAAUGGCAAAAACAAAACAUGAUUUUGUGCAAUUAACAAAGCUACUGCAAGAAAAAUAAAAACAUUUCUUGAUAACA